AUGCGGGCCACCAGAUUGCACGAGACAUGUCUGGACUUUUCCAACGUUCGUCUCGAGUCAUACCCGGAUAUAUCGGGCACCGGGGUGAUUGUUAGUUUUGUCGGCACCGCCUUUAUGACCUUCCUGCUGCUGGCCGCCAACUACUUCGUCGUGUACGAUCCCACCCAGCAUCCGUUUCUGGCCAGGGCGACCCCGAUGGCCUCUGGUUCUGGCGUGGAUGUAGCGGCAUCCUGCUCUUCUUGCAAAAUGCGGCGAGACUCCUGGCACCCCAACGUCGCGGACCAGAGGUUCCUCGGGUCGACAAUCAUCACCAUGUGCGAUUUGCAAAUCUUCACCGGCGCUGGAAUUCUCAUCAGCGGGUUCUUGUCUCUAUACGACAACCUGGCCGCCUACCACUGGCAGAUCGUUGUCUAUCUGGCGUGGUUCUCGACGGUAUCGCACCUGGCGGGACUUACCGUCAUUCGAAGCUACCUACACGCCUUCCCUCGGAAGAGAAAUAUCCGCUUGGUGCUCGUGGUUGUUGUCUUGCUGCUGCUCCUCGUGGCCAUGGCACCAACUCAGUUCUUCGCCUGGAGGGGGACGGUGAGCCGCAUCCUCCCCGGCACCGCGGCCAUCUGCUACUUUGACCUGGGCCUCGCUCGGCACAUGUGGAGCAAAGCGGUCGAGCUCGAUCAUGACGAAUCAAAGGGCGCAAAUCCAAUCAGCUUUGAUUUUGAACUCGGGAGAGGCGUACAACAGGUAGUCUUUGCCGCCAUUCUCCUCAUCUUUGGCCUCUUCACGCGCGUUGUCAAAGCCUUUUCACCCCUUUCCAGACUCUUUAGCGAAAUGAUCCGACCUAGGGCGAGUAGAGCUGCUUCCAGGCUCCUAAUGCGGAUUGCGCCGCCCGAGAUGCUUGGACCGGAGCCAGAGGGUGCCUCACACGGCUUCCUGCGAGACAUGGUGGCAUACCUCGUGUUUUUGCCAGCCCUUGGCUCUUUUUACACUCUCCGCAUGUGGCUGGACCUGUUUGGCUCCAUGUUGUCGGAGAUUUACUGGCUGCUUGUUACCAUGCUGUGGGGAGUCUUGAAGCUGUCCAGAGCGCGCGAGAGCCCGCCGAUGCAAAUCCAAGUUCAAGAGAACCGGUGGACAUAUGGGCAGAUUCUGGCGAUACUGCUCUUGGCGGCUCCGUUGUUCAACAUGCUGACCAUAGUCAUGUCGAAUUCGAAAUGGCGCGGCGUCGAGUCGGAGCUGCCCCGACUCGAGCAUCAGGCCCCUGGCUUGGCCGUUGGUGAGACUCGCGAUUGCGAAUGCAGCGGAGACGGAUCACUCUCUGCAUCUCAGGAAGAGUCGCGCCGGCAAGACGAGGCCGAGAACAAGGAAGACGAGAUGGCAAGGUUGAUCAGCAGUCAAGGCUACUACGCGAAGGCGCCAUGGCUGGGAGUCAGCAUGACGACGGCAUGCAUCGUCAUCAUGGGCCUCACCUGCCUCAUGCUCCAAGCCGGCUACACGAAUAUCAUGAGCGGGCAGAUUUCGGGGGAUCGGCUAUACGAGUUCUGGCUCUGGCCAUCUGGGAUGCUGUGGUUCAUCCUGUUUGGCCUGUCAUCGGGCUGCGUCUUCACGAUGAUGAUGGGGAUGCUGCUGGACGGCUGGCUUCAUUCCGGUACGAGUCGCUGCUCCCGGAAGACUCAGUUCUUUGUGAUGAGCUUCUCCGUUCACGGGCUCAUGAUUCUCGGCAUGUACAAAGCCACCGUUGCUAUCCUGAUCCAGGGAGAAGGACGCAGCAAGGGAAACGUGGCCAUCGGACCAUGCCUCAUCGCGGCCUUGUACGUUGGCUACACGCUGCUCUGUCUGGGGCUCCGGCUGAGCGGAUGUCGUGUCACGUCCCUGUUUGUGCCGAAUCGGUGA